AUGCUCAGAUUAUCCUCAAACUCCUCAGAUUAUCCUCAGACUACUCCUCAAACUACUCCUCGGUCUAAUCCUCAGACUCCUCCUCAGAUUAUCCUCAAACUCCUCAGACUACUCCUCGGUCUAAUCCUCAGACUCCUCCUCAGAUUAUCCUCAAACUCCUCCUCAGAUUAUCCUCAAACUCCUCCUCAGAUUAUCCUCAGACUACUCCUUAUCAGAUUACUCAUCAUCCUCAGACUACUCCUUAGACCCCUCCUCAUCAGACUACUCCUCAGAUCUUCCUCAUAA